AUGCCCCCUCGCCGUCGUUCAUCUGUGCCUGUAGGCGCUGAUGAUAUUUCCACCCUCACUCUGCCGCAGAUCAAUGAACGUAUAGAGCGGAACGAGCGGGUCUUGAAUACCUCGCUGUUUUCCCCCUUUCAAUUAGCUGGCUCGCCUCCUGCCCACGAUCCCGUUAGAGAUCGGCUGUUAGCCAUUCGGCAAGCUCUACAGGAGCGAAAGCGAGAGCUCGAGGAUUCCGCACUGGACAGGUCCCUAAACGGCAUGUCAUUAGACGCUGAGCCCCAGCUCGCCGAGAGCUCUGCGCAGGCUCAGAGGAGGGACAGUGGAGGCGGACUUGCAUCCUCUGGUCGGGCUAUGGCCAUGCAAACUAUACAAGUUCAAGAUGCGAAAUUACCUCCCAACAGUGUGACAUUACCUCUGUCGGAAACCCUUGCCCUUGGUCGAAGGGAUUUCGACGAUGCGACCGCUCGAAAUUUAGCUGGGCUAUCUUUUACUGACAAAUCAAAGUCUCCCCUUACGCCUAGGAGACGACAUCGCCCCCCAUCUCCUGCUGCCAGUGGAACACCUACUCGGGACUUGGCGUUUGAUCCUACCGAUGAAAUUGCCAGAGCUCAAGCAACCGCUCGAAUGCAAGCUUUCAUGUCGUACAAAGGCGAUCCAGAAGACGAAGAUGAGUGGGAUCUAGACUUGGAUGGAGAAGGAGAAUACGAUGGCGAAGGAGACACAUUUGCGCUUCGUGCCCAAGGCAGAGAACCACAUCGAUAUGAAAGAGGCACAAGGGAGGAAGUCGACGAGUUUGGAGAAGACGAUGAAGAUUGGGCAGAAGGCAACGAUGAUUAUUUGGACAGAAUAAGAUGA